GGCAAAAUUCUUUGGCAGUUUUUUGUCUUAACUGAUUAUGUGUGACUGAGUUUUACUUGCAACCUAGCCUCUGAGAAUAUGGCCCAAUUCCUUCAUAGAAUAAUAGUGGUCUUAAGGACAUAAUAGUUUUAAAAUGUUUAUUUCUAUGCCCAAGAAAAGACUUUAUCCAGAUCUACAAUCAACAACAGAUGAUUGACAGGCACCUCUAGUUUCUGUGUCAUCUUAUGCUAUUCCUGUGGGAACUCUUCUGUGGUUUGGAAACAAUCAAAUAAACCCUUGAGCACACGUUGCAGAAAACAACAAUCCAUGUGUAGCCAGUGGGUGGCGCAGCUUGGUGAACUGGUGUUCUUUGCUAUUCUGGUCGCUCAGGCAGCCCUCAAACCAGCAAUGCCUCCUGUGAUCAAGAACCAACCUUUCAACGUUUUCUGGGCUAUCCCUACUUUAUUUUGUAAAGAUAAUUUCGAUGUAAACAUGAAUCUUCAAGUAUUUAACAUCAUUCCAAAUCCUUUUGAAACACAGAGUGGAUCCACUAUUGCCGUAUUUUAUCCAAAGGAACUCGGAUAUUAUCCUUAUUUCUCUGAAGAUGGAACAUCUUUCUAUGGUGGAAUACCUCAGAAGGUGAACCUCUCUGAGCACCUCAGGAAAAGUGCCGGUGACAUUGCGGAUGCUGUCACUUUGUGGAGAUCGGAAGGACUUGCUGUUAUUGACUGGGAAGGCUGGAGACCCCAGUGGGAUAGGAAUUGGGGCAGCAGAAUAAUAUAUAAAAACCACUCGCUAGCCUUCACUCGACACCACCAUCCUGACUGGGCAGAAACGAAAGUGAGAACAGUUGCUCAACAAGAAUUUGAAAAUGCUGGAAGAAGUUUUAUGAACAUUACUCUCACGUUGGCUUUAGAAAUGAGACCAAAGCGUUUAUGGGGCUUCUAUCUCUAUCCAGAUUGCUACAAUUAUGAUUACCGGAUAAAUCCAGAGUUCUACACAGGUACUUGCCCAGAUGAUGAGAUUUUCCGCAAUGACCAACUCAUGUGGCUGUGGGAAAAAAGUGCAGCACUUUAUCCUUCCAUAUAUUUGAGUAAAAUAUUAAAGUCAAACUUAAAUGCACUGAAAUUUGUUCAUUUUCGAGUGAGAGAAGCCCUGAGGGUUGCCGAAAUGGCUACAAAGGACUAUGCUUUGCCAGUUUUCAUUUUUUCCAGACCAUUUUAUUUGCAAAGUAUUGACGUUCUGUCAGAGGAGGACUUAGUGCACACAAUUGGUGAAAGUGCUGCAUUGGGAGCAGCAGGAAUAAUAUUGUGGGGAGGAUAUGAAUAUUCACAUACAAAGGAGACUUGCUUAUCUGUGCAACAAACUGUUCAUGGGCUAUUGGGCCCCUAUGUUCUCAAUGUAACAUCAGCAGCAAAGCUCUGUAGUCAAAGUCUAUGUAACAGUCAUGGAAGAUGUGUUCGGAAGACACCUGAAUCCUCCUUUUAUCUGCAUAUGCCUGAGGAUAGCCGCAAGAAUUAUGUCACAAACAAAGGUUUCAAUUUUGUCAUUUCCCCAAAAAGUAAGCUGAAGACAAUAAUGAAUAUGAAGAAUGGAUUUGUGUGUCACUGUUACUAUGGCUGGCACGGAGAGUCCUGCAGAUCUCACUCUCCAAAUCUCCAAAAGAACAAGGCUCCUGCAACUGGAUUUAAUUCAGCAGUUAUUGUUGGCAUUGCCUUAUUUGUGAUUCUGAUGAAUUAUUUUCCUAUUCCCUACUACAGCAGUAUUUUUUCCAUAAAAACACUGAAGAGAAGAAAACAUUAUCUUUCUUUGAUUUCAAGCCUUUUCUAGAGAAUUUUUAGUUUUAAGUUUCAUGCAAAUUGUUCAUUGGCUAUUCACUUCAUACCGGGCAAUAAGAAUAAACCUGUCUUCAUGGAAAUUAGAAAUUAAGGAUAAGUAAGUGGUAAAUAGACACAUAGGAUGGUGAUAGCAGUUUAUAGAAUAAAGAGUAAAGAGGUUUAAGGCAUUAGGAAGUACUAGAGAACACUGGAAAUUUUAUAAAACUUUGUCACAUAAGGCCUUUUUAGUGAGAAAUCAGGUAACAGAUGAAUUAGGUCAGCACUAUCAGAGAGCAAGAUAUUAGUUUCCUCCUGUAAUCUGAGCACUUGGAAGGCAGAGAUCAAUUACAAGUUCAAGGCCAGCUUGGCUUACAAAGUGAGCUAAAGUCAGACAAACAUAGAGUUUGUCUCCAAAAAAGGAGAAUAGAAACAAAAUAGAAAAAAUGCAAAAGAAUAUAUCUGGGGAAAGAGUUCUUGAAAUCAAAAAAAGAAAAUCCAGAACUUUUAAAUAACAAGCAAGACAACAAUAACAAAACAACAACAACAGCAGCAACAACAACAACAACAACAGCAACAACAAUGACACCACUAGGAUACUUACCUAUGGAGAUGAAAAUGACUCUUUCAAUGGUUUCAUCAAGGAUUUAGCUUUAUUCAUAGGACAUUUGGUUCAUCAAUACCUACAAGAUGAACUCUACUAGCUUUCAACACAAUAGAAUUUAUGUUGGAAAUUCUUUUUUUAUUAGAUGUUUUCUUUAUUUACAUGACACACAAUAUCUCAUUUUCCAGGUUCCCUCCAAAAAAAUAAAAUAAAAUAAAAACAAAAACAAAAACAAAA